AUUGUUUUAAGUGCGGUAUUCGUUAGGUGUGUAAGCAAGCACACGCGCGCGCGCGCUCGCCAGUCCAGCUUGUAAUGUUUGUUCCGUACAGUGAGAAUUGCGCCUCGAUAUAAUCACUGGCAUCGCUUGUCUUUCGUUUAGUAUCUGUUAUGUUAUGCAUCCAUGCGGGUGCUCGAAAACGCGUUCUGAUUCGAUGUCAAUCAUUUUUUAUUUCAUUUAUAACUAGAUUGCGAGCCCACACAUUUUUGUAAUUGAAUAGAGGAGAGAAAAAAAAACACGGUGAAAAUAUUGAACGGCGAAAUUGAUUUUUUUUACAGUGCAAUUUAGAAGCAAAUACGCUCUCAACUGUGAACCGAAACGGAAAAAAAUUGAAAAAAAUUUGUGUGUCUUUUUGUAGAUUGUAAAAGGGAGCCUAUUCAGUGUGACACAAUAUUGUGUGAUUUAUUAUAAGUACACACCAAAAAAUUAUGUAGAAUGCUCUAGCCAAAUCGAAUGAAAUUCAAAUCAAAUAAUCGCAACAAAGUGUGAAUACAAUCUAUACCAAUCUGCUUUUACUGCUCAUCUUGGGGACUGAAAAUCGAAGAAAAUGGUCGUGUAUCAAGUGCUAGAACGAGCCUAUCAACACGAGCUUAUGGUUUUCGUCGUCAUGAUGAUCAUCAGCGCAAUUCUGUAUGCCUUAUCCGAUUAUCUUAAGGCUGUUGUGCUCUGUUUUAAGCUCAGAGGACCUCCCGCUUUAUUCUUAAUCGGCAACAUACUGGCGAUAAAAGACAAAGACAUGUUGGAAAAGUAUGUUAAGUCGGCUGACAUACUGUAUGGCCGACUGAUCCGUGUAUGGGUGUUAUUAUUUCCAUUUUUUGCCAUCACACAUCCCGAAGAUCUGCAAACGGUACUCUCGUCACGAAAGCACACCGAAAAAAUAUUCUUCUAUAAAUUGCUGCAUAAUUUCCUUGGAAAUGGAUUGAUAACCAGUUCAGCCGAUAAAUGGAACCUGCACCGGCGACUAAUUCAACCGACAUUCCAUGUUAAUACACUGGAACAAUUCCUUGGGACUUUCAUCGACGCCUCGAAUGUACUGGUACAACGAUUGAAAAGCGGUCCCGCCCAACUCAACAUAACUCAAUUGGUCAACCAAUGUGUUAUUGAUAUUCUGAACGAAUCGGUUCUCGGUGUUCCAAUACUGAAGGAGAAUGGCAUCAACAUGGAUAAUUCACCGUUUAGACAAGGUAAGGUGGUGAUGCCACUUCGAAUCGCGAAACCAUGGUUGUUGCUCGAUUGGAUUUAUAAGUUAACCGAAACCGCAACAAACGAAUUAGAUCAAAAGCGAAAGUUGGACGAUUUUACAAAAAAGAUGAUAAACAUUCGCCGUGAUGCACUCAACAAAGGUGAAGUUCCGGAACGAAAAUGUUUGUUAGAUUUUAUGCUUGAAAUAUCGAAGAAUAAUCCACUGUUUACGGACGAUGACAUUGUGAAUGAGGCUUGCACAUUCAUGUUGGCUGGCCAAGAUAGCGUUGGAGCUGCGACAGCAUUUUGUAUAUUUUUGCUGGCUACACAUCCGGAAAUCCAGCAAAAAUGCAUGGACGAAUUGAAUGACAUUUUCGAAGAUGAUAAUCGUAUGCCAACGAUGAAAGACAUUCGUGAAAUGCGCUAUUUGGAGCAAUGUAUUAAAGAAACUCUGCGAUUGUAUCCAAGCGUGCCACUGAUCGCACGGCGACUAACGGAAGAUAUCCGGUGUGGCAAAUACACCGUACCAAGCGGUAGUAACAUUCUGAUAUUCCCAUAUGCAACGCAUCGUUUGAGCUCAAUUUAUCCGAAUCCGGAGCGCUUUGAUCCCGAUCGCUUUUCACCUGAACAAAGUGAGAAGCGCCAUCCAUAUGCGUUUAUACCAUUCAGCGCUGGUCCAAGAAACUGUAUCGGCUAUAAAUUCGCCUUUAUCGAGAUAAAAACAGUCAUUUCGACGAUUUUGAGAGAAUUCGAACUAUUGCCGAUCGAAGGGAAAACCAAAAUUAAUCCCAUCUUUAGGAUAACAGUGAGGGCGUCUGGUGGACUUCACAUAGAGUUGAAACCACGCAAAUCUGCAACAAAUUCAAAUACCUGAACACAUCUGAAUAUUUCAAUUAUUCUGUUUUAGACUAGACACAUAGUUAAGUUUUGAGUUUUUUUUUCUUCUUUAGCAUGUAGGCUACCGACAUUGAGCAGACAGAACAACUGAAUAUUCUGAGUUUCAGAGAGAUUAAGUUAAAGCGAACGAAGUAUAUUUAAUGUCUCUUUUUUUUGUUGUUGCACAAAGAGUCACAAAGAUUCACUUUGUUUGUUGCGUCGUGACUUGUGGUUUAUUACCUAUUGUUUCAUCAAAACAUUUUGAAUAAUGACGCCCUUUCCCAACUCAUUCAUUUUUUUAGGCAUCACAAUUUCUGUCACGAAAUUUUUUGUAUGAAAAAUAAAAUAAUUUUCCAAAAAAAAAAAA